UGCUCACACAUCCUUAUCAUGACAGCCAAGGCGCCCGAGUUCUUACCUAUAGUGGAAAGCCAACUUGGAAAAGGUAUAGUAUAUGUUUCGGGUGACGAGCAUAGACGUCAACGCAGACUUCUCGCGCCAGCCUUCACUCUCGGCGCUGUGAAAGGAAUGUCUGAUGAUGUUGUCGAAUGCACCCAGAGGCUCGUACAACGAGUCGCAAAACAUGUUACAUCGCGAGGGGGCGAGACUAAUCAAUAUCACUCCCUUCCUGUCGGCAUGCACACUGGAUAUUAUAGGUCGCGUAGCGUUUGGGCAUGACUUUCGUAGUGGCGAAUCCCAGGAAGCAAUAGAAAUAGCCGAGUCAUGGCAUAAGGAUGUUUUGUUCGGGAGGACCACGCCUGGAUUCCUGAUGCCCAUCAUGAUGUCUACUUUCCCGUGGUUCAGCAAGCUUCCGAUUCCGGCUUUCCGGACGGACGGUGUUGCAAAGCGAGCGGCUAUCAGGCUCGCCGGAGAGUUUCUCCGGGAGAACCAGGCGCAUUUGGAAAAUGGCGACGGCAAAGAUAUUCUCUCGAUUUUGGUCAGGGACCAGAAGCAUUCGAAACAUGGUGAUCGUCUGUCGCAUAGAGCAUUAUUGGAAAAUAUAGCAACACUGAUAAUGGUGGGACACGAAACAACCUCUUGCACUGUCAGCUUCACUCUGUACCAUCUCGCUCGCGACCCCGAGGUCCAAAAGAGACUACGACAAGAAAUUCAUGACUUGAGCGACUUUAGCUAUGACCACAUUCAAAGCCUGCCCUACCUUGAUGUUGUAUGCCGCGAAGGAUUGCGUCUUCAUCCGGCUGGGCCAAGGACCGAUCGCAUUGCUCUGGAAGACGAUGUUCUCCCUCUGAGCCAGCCAUUAACACUCUCCAAUGGGGAAAUCGUGUCUUCUAUUGCUAUCAGAGCUGGACAGGUUUUCCAGAUACCCAGCGUGGUUCAGAAUACGGACCCUAAUGUGUGGGGUGAGGAUGCCGCCGAGUUCAAGCCAGAGCGAUGGUUUCUUCCUCAUGGAGUACCUUCGGCGGCUCAAUUACCAUCUGGGCCAUACGGAAAUGUCGCAUCCUUCUUGGACGGCCCGCGUAGUUGUAUUGGAUGGCGCCUCGCCCUCUUGGAAUUCAAGAUCAUGAUUUGCCUUGUGAUCCGCCAUUUUGAGCUGACGAGCACUCCGCAUCAUGUCCAGAGCUUUUUCAUUGGAAACCUUCAGUCGUUUGUAGAUGGAGAUGCUCAGAUGCCGAUCCAUGUAAAGCUGUUGGCGCCUCUGUCAACUUGACUCAUUGCUGUCCAGCCAACUGGGUCGACGUGACGGAAACAGUAACGAGGGUGUAUAGAUUUCUUUUGACUCUUUAAAAAAUGCACCAGAGAAUACUGGAAAUAUUCUGUGGACAGUCGAUGUUUUGUAAUGUAUCUCAGAUCGUUCUAGCUUCUUCAUCACAAUAUCAGUCAAGGAAACAUAAUUUGGCGCCGGAUCAUUUACGCGGUGUUUUGAACGAUUUCG